CCCGCAGUCCUCCCCAUAUUCUGGGCGCGGAGCACAGCGAUUGGUCACUCCUAUUUUCGCUGAGCUUCUCCUAUUUCAAUUUUCUUCGAGAUCAAAUCUGCUUUCUAGAUGUGCUUGGAGAGGAUGGGGGCCUCUUCUCCGAGAAGCCCAGAGCCUGUGGAGCCGCCGGCGCCCGGUCUCCCCUUCUGCUGCAGAGGAACCCCGCUGGCGGUUGUGGUGCUGCUCGCGCUGCCGGUGGCCUGGGGUCAAUGCAAUGCCCCUGAAUUGCUUCCAUUUGCCAAGCCUAUCAACCCAACUGAUGAGUCUCAGUUUCCCAUUGGGACAUAUUUAAAGUACAAAUGCCUCCCCGGUUAUUACGGAAGACCGUUUUCUAUCGUCUGCCUAAAAAACUCAGUCUGGACUAGUGCUACGGACAGCUGCAGACGUAGAUCAUGUCGUAAUCCUCCAGAACCUGUGAAUGGCAUGGUGCAUGUGAUCAAAGACAUCAUGUUUGGAUCCCAAAUUAAUUAUUCUUGUAAUAAAGGAUACCGACUCAUUGGUUCCUCGUCUGCCACAUGCAUCAUCUCAGACACUACUGUCAUUUGGGAUAAAGAAGCACCUAUUUGUGACAUAAUUCCCUGUGGGCCACCCCCCACCAUCACCAAUGGAUAUUUCAUUAGCACCAGCACAGAGGAUUUUCACUAUGGAUCAGUGGUGACCUACCGCUGCAAACCUGGAAGCAGAGGGAGAAAUGUGUUUGAACUCGUGGGUGAGCCCUCCAUAUACUGCACCAGCAAUGAGGAUCAAGAGGGCGUCUGGAGCGGCCCGGCCCCUCAGUGCAUUAUACCUAACAAAUGCAUGCCUCCAAAUGUUGAAAAUGGAAUAAUGGUAUCUGACAACAGAAGUUUAUUUUCCUUAAAUGAAGUUGUGGAAUUCAGGUGUCAGCCUGGCUUUGUCAUGAAAGGUUCCCCCCGUGUGCAAUGCCAGCCCCUGAACAAAUGGGAGCCAGAGUUACCAAGCUGCUCCAGGGUAUGUCAGCCGCCUCCAGAUAUCCUGCAUGGUGAGCAUACCCAAAGGGACAAGGACAACUUUUGGCCUGGCCAGGAGGUGUUGUACAGCUGUGAGCCCGGCUAUGAUCUCAGAGGGGCUGCUUCUCUGCGCUGCACACCCCAGGGAGACUGGAGCCCUGCAGUCCCCAGAUGUGAAGUGAAAUCCUGCGAUGACUCCCUGGACCAACUUCCUAAUGGCCGUGUGCUGUUUCCACCUAAUCUCCAGCUUGGAGCAAAAGUGGACUUUGUUUGUAAUGAAGGAUUUCAAUUAAAAGGCAGCUCUGCUAGUUAUUGCGUCUUGGCUGGAAUGGAAAGCCUUUGGAAUAGCAGUGUUCCAGUGUGUGAACAAAUCUUUUGUCCAAGCCCUCCAGUUAUCCCUAACGGGAGACAUACAGGAAAACCUCUGGAAGUCUUUCCCUUUGGAAAAGCAGUAAAUUACACAUGUGACCCCGACCCAGUCAGCGGGAAGACCUUUGACCUUGUUGGGGAGAGCACCAUCUACUGCACAAGUGACCCCCAAGGAAAUGGGAUUUGGAGCAGCCCUGCCCCUCGCUGUGGAAUUCUGGGUCACUGUAAAGCCCCAGAUCAUUUUCUGUUUGCUAAACUGAAAACCCAAACCGAUGCAUCUGACUUUCCCAUUGGGACAUCUUUAAAGUACGAAUGCCGUCCUGAGUAUUACGGGAUGCCAUUCUCUAUCACAUGUCUAGAUAACCUGGCCUGGUCAAGUCCCAAAAAUGUCUGCAAACGUAAAUCAUGUAAAACUCCUUCAGAUCCAAAGAAUGGCGUGGUGCAUGUGAUCACAAACAUCCAGCUUGGAUCCAGAAUCAACUAUUCUUGUAUUACAGGGUACCGCCUCAUUGGUCGGUCAUCUGCUGAAUGUAUCAUCUCAGGCAAUACUGCCCACUGGAGCACAAAGCCACCAAUUUGUCAACAAAUUCCUUGUCGGCCGCCCCCCGCCAUCGCCAAUGGAUAUUUCACUAGCACCAACAGGGAGAUUUUUCACUAUGGAUCAGUGGUGACCUACCACUGCAAUCCUGGAAGCAGAGGGAGAAAUCUGUUUCAGCUCGUGGGUGAGCGCUCCAUACACUGCACCAGCAAUGAGGAUCAAGAGGGCGUCUGGAGCGGCCCGGCCCCUCAGUGCAUUAUACCUAACAAAUGCAUGCCUCCAAAUGUUGAAAAUGGAAUAAUGGUAUCUGACAACAGAAGUUUAUUUUCCUUAAAUGAAUUUGUGGAGUUCAGGUGUCAGCCUGGCUUUGUCAUGAAAGGUUCCCCCCGUGUGCAAUGCCAGCCCCUGAACAAAUGGAAGCCAGAGUUACCAAGCUGCUCCAGGGUGUGUCAGCCACCUCCAGAAAUUCUGCAUGGUGAGCAUACCCAAAGCAAUCAGGUCAACUUUUCACCUGGGCAGGAAGUAUUCUACAGCUGUGAGCCCGGCUAUGAACUCAGAGGGGCUGCUUCUCUGCGCUGCACACCUCAGGGAGACUGGAGCCCUGAAGACCCCAGAUGUGCAGUGAAAUCCUGUGAUGACUUCUUGGAUCAACUCCCUCAUGGCCAUGUGCUGCUUCCACUUAAUCUCCAGCUUGGGGCAAAAGUGUCCUUUAUUUGUGAUGAAGGGUUUCGCUUGAAAGGCAGUUCCGUUAGUCAUUGUGUCUUGGUUGGAAUAAGAAGCCUUUGGAGUGACAGUGUUCCUGUGUGUGAACAAAUAUUUUGUCCAAAUCCUCCAGCUAUCCUUAAUGGGAGACACACAGAAACUCCCCUUGGAGAUAUUCCCUAUGGAAAAGAAGUAUCUUACACAUGCGACCCCCACCCAGGCAGAGGGAUGACCUUCAACCUCAUUGGGGAGAGCACCAUCCGCUGCACAAGUGACCCUCAAGGGAAUGGGGUUUGGAGCAGCCCCCCUCCUCGCUGUGAACUUUCUGUUCCUACUGGUCACUGUAAAACCCCAGAGCAGUUUCCAUUUGCCAGUCCUACAACCCCAAUUAAGGAGUCUGAGUUUCCAGUUGGGACAUCUUUGAAUUACGAAUGCCAUCCUGGGUAUUUUGGGAGUAUGUUCUCUAUCUCCUGCUUAGAAAACUUGGUCUGGUCAAGUGCUGAAGACAACUGUAGACGAAAAUCAUGUGGAACUCCUCCAAAACCCUUCAAUGGAAUGGUUCAUGUAAACACAGACACCCAUUUUGGAUCAACAAUUAAUUAUUCUUGUAAUGAAGGGUUUCGACUCAUUGGUUCCCCAUCCACUGUUUGUCUCGUCUCAGGCAAUAAUGUCGCAUGGGAUAAGGAGGCACCUAUUUGUGAGAUUAUAUCUUGUGAGCCACCUCCAACCAUAUCCAACGGAGACUUCUACAGCAACAAUAGAACUUCUUUUCACAAUGGAACAGUGGUAACUUACCAGUGCCACACUGGACCAGAUGGAGAACAGCUGUUUGAGCUCGUGGGAGAACGAUCAAUAUACUGCACCAGCAAAGAUGAUCAAGUUGGUGUUUGGAACAGCCCUCCACCUCAGUGCAUUUCUCUUAAUAAAUGCACAGCUCCAGAAGUUGAAAAUGGAAUUAGAGUGACAGGAAAUAGGAAUUUAUAUUUCCUCAAUGAGAUCGUGAGCUUUAGAUGUCAGCCCGGCUUUGUCAUGGUAGGGUUCCACAUCGUGCAGUGCCAGACCAACAACACAUGGGGACCCAAGCUGCCACACUGCUCCAGGGUGUGUCAGCCACCUCCAAAAAUCCUGCAUGGUGAGCAUACCCCAAGUGAUCAGGACCACUUUUCACCUGGACAGGAAGUGUUCUACAGCUGUGAGCCCGGCUAUGACCUCAGAGGGGCUGCUUCUCUGCACUGCACACCUCAGGGAGACUGGAGCCCUGAAGCCCCCAGAUGUGCAGUGAAAUCCUGUAAUGACUUCCUGAGCCAACUCCCUCAUGGCCGUGUGCUGUUUCCACUUAAUCUCCAGCUUGGAGCAAAGGUUUCCUUUGCUUGUGAUGAAGGGUUCCGAUUAAAAGGCAGGUCUGCUAGUCAUUGUGUUUUGACUGGAAUGAAAGCCCUUUGGAACAGCAGUGCUCCAGUGUGUGAACAAAUAUUUUGUCCAAAUCCUCCAACUAUCCUUAAUGGGACACAUACAGGAACUCCCCUUGGAGAUAUUCCCUAUGGAAAAGAAGUAUCUUACACAUGCGACCCCCACCCAGACAGAGGGAUGACCUUCAACCUCAUUGGGGAGAGCACCAUCCGCUGCACAAGUGACCCUCAAGGGAAUGGGGUUUGGAGCAGCCCCGCCCCUCGCUGUGAACCUUCUGCUCAUGCUGCCUGUCCACAUCUACCCAAGAUCCAAAAUGGGCAUUACAUUGGAGGACACGUACCUCCAUAUCUACCUGGUAUGAUAAUCAACUACAUUUGUGACCCCGGCUACCUGUUAGUGGGAAAGACCUUCAUUUUCUGUACAGAACAGGGAACCUGGAGCCAAUUGGAUCACUCUUGCAAAGAGGUAAAUUGUAGCUUCCCACAGUUUAUGAAUGGAAUCCCAAAGAAGUUAGAAAUGAGAAAAGUAUAUCACUAUGGAGAUUAUGUAACUUUGGAGUGUGAAGAUGGGUAUACUCUGGAAGGCAGUCCCUGGAGCCAGUGCCAGGCGGAUGACAGAUGGGACCCUCCUCUGGCCAUAUGUACCCCUCGUGCACAUAAUGCUCUCAUAGUUGGUAAGUUUUAUGAAGGGUUUGCUGAGGAAUUCUGGCAUCUUUAACAGUGAGUACCUACCUAUAACGAAUGAAAUGUAAAAAGAGAGAUCAAAAUAUCUUGAGUUGUAAGUUCAACUAGAAAGAAAAUAAUGAUGAGUUUAGGCCAGGAUAUGGUGAAUAG